AGCGAAAAUAAGCAAUAAUAAGAAAAUGCCAUAAGGAGUUGUAAACCAAACUGCCGCCUUAAUUCUUCAUCUUCCCAUUUCACUAUUCACAACGCACAUAUCAACAAAUAACCACGCGGAGAUCUAAACAUAAACAAUGGAAAUAAGCAAAAAGUCAAAGAAAUCGAAGAACUCCAAGAAGUCGAAGGAUCCCAAGGACUCGACCGUUUCGCUUAAGUUGACUGCUCUACAUCGCAAGCAAAAGGAAGUGGCCCGCGUGCUUACUCUCAAACACGAAAUCUUAUUAAAGUCUGGAGUGUCCUACCUGGAGUACCUGGAAAUCCGGGCAGAAAUAGAGCGACUCAAUGGCUUAAAGGAGACAUUUUUGCGUCGUGUUGACAAAUUAAAACAACAAGACAAAUAGUUUAUAGCUGAAUGGGUUUAUUUUAAGAAAACAAUAGAAAUAUAA